UGCAGGCAGCUCUCACAGUUUUUACCCUCCCCUCUCUCCACCUCCUUUGCCCCCGCCCACCACUCCGCCACUUGGGCUCCUCCCUCCUCUUCUCUCUCUCCCUCUCCUUCCUCCUCCGCCUCCUCAGCUCUUGGGGUAGAAUAUCUAUGGGUCGAAACGUGAUGCGAUGAAUCCGAGAGAGACCGAAACUGGGACGUGGAGUGCGGCGGAAGCGGCGGGACUCCUGGGCAUGGGGGCUUCAUCACAAUAGAGGCAGCGCCCCCACCCGCCUCUUCGGAGCGAAGCCCCCAAAACCCCUCGGGAAAAGGAUGGCGGCGGCACCUACCCAGAUCGAAGCUGAGCUGUAUUACCUGAUCGCUAGAUUCUUGCAGUCCGGACCAUGCAACAAAUCCGCUCAGGUGCUAGUGCAGGAGCUCGAGGAGCAUCAGCUGAUUCCGCGCCGCUUAGACUGGGAGGGGAAAGAGCACCGAAGAAGCUUCGAGGAUCUGGUGGCAGCCAAUGCACACAUUCCUCCAGACUACCUCCUUAAAAUUUGUGAGCGGAUUGGUCCCUUACUAGAUAAGGAGAUCCCUCAGAGUGUUCCUGGGGUACAGACAUUACUAGGCGUUGGUCGGCAAUCUCUGUUACGGGAUGCCAAAGACUGUAAGAAUACACUAUGGAAUGGGUCUGCAUUUGCAGCUCUACAUAGAGGCAGACCUCCAGAACUACCUGUAAAUUACGUGAAACCUCCAAAUGUGGUGAAUAUCACCUCUGCCAGGCAAUUAACUGGAUGUAGUCGCUUCAGCCAUAUUUUUCCUUCAUCUGCUUACCAGCACAUUAAGAUGCAUAAGAGAAUUCUGGGGCACUUAUCAUCUGUCUACUGUGUAGCAUUUGACCGAAGUGGGAGAAGAAUUUUUACAGGUUCAGAUGACUGUUUGGUGAAAAUUUGGGCUACAGAUGAUGGACGCCUCCUUGCUACACUUCGAGGGCACUCUGCUGAAAUUUCUGACAUGGCUGUUAACUAUGAAAACACUCUCAUUGCCGCAGGCAGCUGUGAUAAGGUUGUAAGAGUGUGGUGUCUUCGAACUUGUGCACCAGUUGCAGUCCUUCAGGGACAUUCAGCUUCUAUUACUUCCAUACAGUUUUGUCCAUCAACUAAAGGCACAACCAGAUACCUCACUUCUACUGGUGCUGAUGGAACAGUAUGUUUCUGGCAAUGGCAUGCAAAAACAAUGAAGUUUAGAGAUCGUCCAGUGAAAUUUACUGAGAGAUCCCGACCCGGAGUUCAGAUAUCUUGUUCAUCUUUCAGUUCUGGUGGUAUGUUUAUUACAACAGGUAGCACUGACCAUGUGAUUAGGAUAUAUUAUUUGGGUUCUGAGAUCCCUGAGAAAAUUGCUGAAUUAGAGUCACAUACGGAUAAAGUUGUUGCUGUUCAGUUCUGUAACAAUGGAGACAGUUUAAGAGGACAUGAUGAUGAAGUAUUUGUUUUGGAAGCACACCCAUUUGAUCAAAGGAUCAUACUUUCGGCAGGUCAUGAUGGGAACAUUUUUAUUUGGGACCUUGACCGGGGGACCAAAAUUCGGAAUUAUUUUAACAUGAUUGAAGGCCAAGGCCAUGGUGCAGUGUUUGAUUGUAAAUUUUCACCAGAUGGAAACCAUUUUGCCUGUACAGAUUCUCAUGGACAUUUACUGCUUUUUGGUUUUGGAUGCAGUAAAUAUUAUGAAAAGAUUCCAGAUCAGAUGUUCUUCCACACGGAUUAUCGACCUCUUAUCCGUGAUGCCAACAACUAUGUAUUGGAUGAACAAACUCAACAAGCUCCUCACCUCAUGCCUCCCCCAUUCUUAGUGGAUGUUGAUGGAAAUCCUCAUCCCACAAAAUUCCAAAGGCUAGUGCCAGGACGGGAAAAUUGUAAAGAUGAACAACUUAUACCACAGCUGGGAUAUGUGGCUAAUGGUGAUGGUGAAGUAGUGGAACAGGUAAUUGGGCAACAAACCAACGACCAAGAUGAGAGCAUUCUUGAUGGAAUAAUCAGGGAGCUACAGAGGGAACAAGAUCUGAGACUAAUUAAUGAAGGAGAUGUUCCACAUUUUCCAAUUAAUAGAUCAUACUCUGCUAAUGGUGCUCUGAGAAGUCCAAAUAUGAAUGUAUCUUCUUCUUCAAAUAUUGGGCUCCGACGUAGUGGUCAAAUUGAAGGUGUCCGACAAAUGCAUAACAAUGCUCCUCGGAGCCAGAUGGCCACUGAACGAGAUCUCAUGGCUUGGAGCAGAAGAGUGGUGGUCAAUGAACUAAAUAAUGGAGUUAGUAGGGUUCAGGAAGAAUGUCGAGCUGCAAAAGGUGACAUAGAAAUCUGUCUUUAUACAGUUGAAAAGAAAAAAAAGCCAUCUUAUACUACCCAAAGGAACGAUUAUCAACCUAGCUGUGGGCGAUCUUUACGAAGGACACAGCGAAAGCGCCAGCACACUUACCAAACACGGUCCAACAUAGAGCAUAAUUCGCAAACAUCAAGUCAAAAUUCAGGUGUACAGGACGACUUAGACAGCUCCUCAGAGGAAGAUGAAACAGUUGGCACAAGUGAUGCUUCUGUAGAAGAUCCUGUUAUUGAAUGGCAAAGUGAAAGUUCUUCCAGUGAUUCUUCCAGUGAGUAUUCUGACUGGACAGCAGAUGCUGGGAUAAAUUUGCAACCUCCAAAAAGACAAACCAGACAGGCAUCUCGGAAAAUAUGCAGCAGCUCUGAGGAGGAGAAUUUGAAGUCUUUAGAAGAUAGGCCAAAGAAACCUAAACAGACUAGAAAGAAGAAAGGAGGACUGGUUUCUAUGGCAGGUGAGCCCAAUGAAGAAUGGUUUGCCCCUCAGUGGAUCUUGGAUACCAUACCACGACGUUCCCCAUUUGUUCCACAGAUGGGAGAUGAGCUUAUCUAUUUUAGGCAAGGACAUGAAGCUUAUGUGCGGGCUGUGAGGAAAUCAAAAAUAUAUAGUGUUAAUUUACAAAAACAGCCAUGGAACAAAAUGGAUCUCAGGGAACAAGAGUUUGUUAAAAUUGUAGGAAUCAAAUAUGAGGUUGGACCUCCUACAUUAUGCUGCUUGAAGCUUGCAUUUCUGGACCCCAUUUCAGGCAAAAUGACUGGAGAAUCUUUUUCCAUUAAGUAUCAUGACAUGCCAGAUGUCAUUGACUUCCUUGUGCUACAUCAGUUUUAUAAUGAAGCCAAAGAAAGGAACUGGCAGAUUGGUGAUAGAUUCCGCAGUAUAAUAGAUGAUGCCUGGUGGUUUGGAACUGUGGAGAGUCAGCAGCCUUUUCAACCAGAGUAUCCUGAUAGUUCUUUUCAGUGUUAUAGUGUUCACUGGGACAAUAAUGAGAGAGAAAAGAUGAGCCCCUGGGAUAUGGAGCCAAUUCCAGAAGGAACUGCCUUUCCAGAUGAAGUUGGUGCUGGUGUUCCUGUAUCUCAGGAGGAACUGACUGCUUUAUUAUACAAACCCCAGGAAGGAGAAUGGGGAGCUCAUUCCAGAGAUGAGGAAUGUGAACGGGUUAUUCACGGUAUCAACCACCUUCUUUCCUUAGAUUUUGCCAGCCCUUUUGCUGUUCCAGUGGAUCUCAGUGCCUAUCCCUUGUAUUGUACUGUAGUUGCUUAUCCAACUGACCUCAACACAAUUAGGCGGAGGCUUGAAAAUCGCUUUUACAGGAGAAUAUCGGCACUAAUGUGGGAGGUACGUUACAUUGAGCAUAAUGCCAGGACUUUCAAUGAGCCAGACAGUCCUAUAGUUAAAGCAGCCAAAAUUGUAACUGAUGUCUUACUUCGAUUUAUUGGGGAUCAGAGCUGUACUGAUAUACUGGAUACUUAUAAUAAAAUUAAAGCAGAAGAACUAAAUAGUACUGAUGCAGAGGAGGAUACAGAAAUGGUUGAUUUAGAUUCAGAUGGUCCUGGUACUUCUUCUGGAAGAAGGGUAAACAUUGACCCACAAGUUGUGAGCAUCUGGACAUUGGCUGCCUUGCACUCCUGGACAGGUGGCUCCAGGACCCUGGUUGUUGGGCAAUGCCUGCUGCCAGACAAGAGCCCUGAUGUGCAGAACCAUCAAGAGCAAGAGGGCGAAUCCUCAGAGUCAGUUAUUCCAGAAAGACAGCAAGAUCCAUCUCUUUCUGAGGAUUAUCAAGAUGUUAUAGACACUCCUAUGGACUUCAGCACUGUGAAAGAAACUUUGGAAGCAGGAAACUAUGGUAGUCCUCUGGAAUUUUAUAAGGAUGUCCGCCAAAUAUUCAGCAACUCCAAAGCUUAUACCUCUAAUAAAAAAUCAAGGAUUUAUAGCAUGACGCUGCGAUUAUCUGCCUUAUUUGAAAGUCACAUUAAAAAUAUCAUCUCUGAAUAUAAGUCAGCAAUCCAGAGUCAGAAGAGGAAAAGGCCACGGUACAGAAAACGUCUAAGAAGCAGCAGCAGUUCGUUAUCUAGUAGCAGAGCCCCCAGUCCAAAAGGGAAACAGAAACAAAUGAAGUUGCAGCCGAAAAAUGACCAUAAUACCUCAGUGUCUUUUGCCAGGACUAGCUCUCCUUUCUCAUCUCCUGUUUCAGAUGCUGCUGAAGGGCUUUCACUAUAUCUACUUGAUGAUGAAGUAGAUGGGGCAUUUUCUUCAUCAAGCUUCAGUGGAUAUAGCCGAAGUGGAAAUAGCCAUGACCCAGGGAAAGCCAAAUCAUUUCGGAAUAGAGUUUUGCCAAUUAAACAAGAUCACUCCCUUGAUGGACCCCUUACAAAUGGUGAUGGCAGAGAGCCCCGGACAGGAAUCAAGAGAAAACUUCUUAGUGCAUCAGAAGAAGAUGAAAACAUGGGAAGAGAAGAGAAAGAGAAAAAAGAAACAAAGGAGAAAUCACAUUCAUCUUCCUCAGAGAGUGGAGAGUUAGGAUCCAGUUUAAGUUCUGAAAGUACCUGUGGUUCUGAUUCUGACUCUGAAUCAACUUCCAGAACAGAUCAAGAUUAUGUAGAUGGAGACCAUGACUAUAGCAAAUUCAUACAAACCAGGCCUAAAAGAAAACUAAGAAAGCAACAUGCCAAUGGAAAAAGAAACUGGAAGAUGAGAGGCACAGGAGGAAGGGGCAGAUGGGGUAGAUGGGGUAGAUGGAGUAGGGGAGGCAGAGGAAGAGGAGGCAGGGGCCGUGGUCGAGGAAGAGGUGGAGGUGGUAGUAGGGGGAGAGGGAGAGGGAGAGGAGGAAGAGGCGCUUCUAGAGGAGCCACCAGAGCCAAACGUGCACGCAUUGCAGAUGAUGAAUUUGAUACUAUGUUUUCAGGACGUUUUAGUAGACUGCCUCGAAUUAAAACAAGAAACCAAGGCAGAAGGACUGUUUUAUAUAAUGAUGAUUCUGAUAAUGACAACUUUGUGUCCACUGAAGAUCCUCUGAAUCUUGGUACAUCCAGAUCAGGCAGAGUGCGUAAAAUGACAGAAAAAGCCAGGGUUAGCCAUCUCAUGGGAUGGAAUUAUUAACAGUUAAUAAAUUUAGAAUAAUUUAAAAAUUUCAAUGGCCUUCUACUGCAGGGAAUUUACCAGGAAAUCUACAAAGCAAGUUGUGUGGGGACUUCUGCUUCCUUUCACAUUGGUGCUUUUCCAUUAUGCCAGUAUACAUUUGUUUCAAGACUUUUGACCUCCACACUUCAUUUGUUCAAACAAGCCUUACUCAUUAGGCCUUAAAUUUAAAGAAAAAAUUGCCCCCCACACACACAUAUCACAGACACACUACAUAUUUACUACAUUAAAGGAGCAUUAUUCAGCUUCUUAAGAGUAGCAUGACAUUUUUAUCUCAAUGGAAUAUCCCUCUUUUGCUUUUGUAUCACAGAAGUAUAGCACCUUCUUAUAGAGUUUUAUAUAGUUUGUUUUUGCCAUUUUGAUUCCUGUACCCAGUAAUAAUAACUUUUGCACAAUACACCAAUCCUAAAGGCAGCUAUUAAAUGUUUACAGUUUCUAUAUUGUAAGAACGAUCUGGAUUAUUUUACUCUACCCAGGCCAAACUUUCAUGAAAUGUACUAAACUGAAGUAUAUAUUUAUACUACAGUUUUUUUUGGGGGGUGGGGGGUCCUCGAUAUGCUUUUCAUUGAUUUGCUUAAUUCAUGUUAAAGGUGAGAAAGGGUUGGUGCCUUGUAAAUAUGUAGCAAAUCUUUGUGGUGUGUCCUGAUGAUGUAUGCAUUAACUUUAUUAAAAAAGAAUACUUGAGGUAUCAAUCUAGACAAGGUGCCAAAUGCAAAAGUUUCUUGCAUCCAUUUUCUUUUCCUGUUAUAUUUUAUUAUAUUAAUAGAACUUGUGUAGCUUAAAAAAAUAAUUUAAACAUUUGAAAAAUCUUCAUCCACAAAGAAUAGCUUCUCUAAAUAGUAGCUCAGCUACCUCUAUUAACUACAACUACUGGAAAUAUUAAGUAAAUAGAUGCUGUUAUUCAUUUCUAAGGAAAAAUAGAACAAGCUUGGUAGGAAUGAGUACCCUAAAUUAUAAGCUGAGAGGUUGUUAAUAAUCAUUAGCUCUCAAAUUAAUAGUUGUAAUUAACAAACUUUCAUAAGUAUAGUAUGCUCUACCUUAGGCUUUUCUUAGAACAUUUUUAAGUAAACUUGGGCUACUAUAUCUCUGCUACCACUUACUAUUUAACAUCUGUGAGUGACUGGUUUUCUUUGAGUCCUAAAAUGUAACAAAGUACCUAGAUAGAGUUGGAAUGUUUUGGGCAGCCAAUAUUUUGAAUCAACUUUAAUAGGUUCUAUUCAUACCAUUCCAAAGGGUUCUUCUGUUAGGGUCUUUCAGAAAAGAACCUUGCUGCAGUGCACACUGAUAUUUUGAGUCAUUCUAUAGAUGGAAAAGUCUUUAAAACAUAAUGGUAUUGUUUGCAGCAAUAGAGUGCAUGUGAGUUUCAAGAGCAGUUUUACUCCUUAAAUUUGAGAGACUUCAAAUUCGCUAAUUUGUUACUUAGAUUUUUGAGGUGAGGGGGACUAUAAUAUUGAUUUUUUUUUUCUGGUAACAGCAGUUAUGUUGCACUUAGAUCAGACUUGUGGGAUAAAAGAAACUUCUUAAUGUAUACCUACUAAUCCCUGGAUAUUUCUUAAGCUAAUGUGUUUGUGUUAUGCUUUCCAUUAUUUCAUGCAUCUGAAAAUUCUUAAGCGCAGGAAAUGGAGUAUUCUCAUAACUUUUGCUUAUUUCGUUGGGUUGGGUAGGGGUUAUUCUUGGAUUAACAUCUUUAAGCAGUUUUUUUUUUGGCCAUAGAAAUAUGUUCAGACUUUAAGAAAUUAUUGUUUUGAAUUGUUAAUGGCACUAACUUCUGUUGUUGGACAGUAGAUCAAGCUGAUUUUCUUUUUUCGUUUGUAGUCUUUUUUUCAUGAAAGCAAAACUACUUCUGGCUGUAACUCAGCUGCCACUAUUUACCCUAACAUAUUUUCAGAAGCAUUCAUAUUUGAUACUUUACAUUUGAUUUUGCUAAAAUACUACUAUUUCAGUUAUCUGUCUUUUGGUCAUUUAGACAAAAUUUGUGCCUGUGUUUUUCUGGAAUCAAUAAUCUUUGGCUUACUCUAAUCAAAGUGACUUACUUAAAAUCAUGGAUAUACCCAAAUGUGUAUGUAUCAUGUGUAUUUUUUUAGGGUGAAAUUUUUGUUGAAAUUUUUUUUAUGAGGAGCUUACCCCUUGAAAUGUAGAAUUGCCAUUUGUGUGAUUGUAGCUAUCUCAAGCUUUAUUUAUAAUUUAUUUUGAAAAAUAAAAAUGUCACCUUAUUCCCCAAAUGUCAAGAUUUUCUCAGUUUAGAUAAUUAGAAUAAUAAGGCUACAGACAUUUUAAACAUAUUUUAUAUGUAGUGAAAUACUAUGAAAAUACUAGUGAACAGCAUUUUGCUGUAAUGUUAAUUUCAGUUAUUAAGAUUUAAAGAGUUAGUCACCAGAUUAUGUUAGAUUAGCAGAGUUACCAUUUAUUACAAAACAAAACAGAUCACUUUCUGUUUGCAUGCAAAUUAUUUUAGUAAGUGAAAAAAAGGUUUGGAAGACAGAAUUUUUAGUUUUAUAUCUGACUGCCCCCCCAUCCCCAAUUUAGACUUUGCUUUUUUUUGUAACACUGCCUCCAGUGAAUGUGUUGUAAUUUUUAUCACAUUGAAUAUUUUAUCACUUUAAUUUUUUAGAAGCCCUUUAAACUGAAAUUAGAUCCAGGUUCAGUCAUAGCAAAGCAAGUAGUAAGUGAUCUAAAAUUUUUGAAGAAAAGUCUAAAUCUUAAAUGAUUGCUACACUUAUAUUUAGGCCCGUGAGAGCAUACACAUGUAUAUGCCUAAAUCUAUGCUAUAUAUUAAUAGUUAGUGAGCUGUAAUAUUUCUCAUUAAUGCUAAUGAUGUUUUAAUUCCCAAUUUAAGAUCUUGGCAUGUGUAUAUAUUUAUGAAAGUGUGUUUCUUCUAUGGCUUGCUAUUUGUAUCUUGACUACAAGCAAUAGGAUGCUCUCCAAAACAUUCACUAGCCUAUUAGCCUAAUGAUUGUGUGUGUGUGUGUGUGUGUGUGUGUAGGUGUAGUUUAUUUUCCAACUUGACAGUUUAUCACAAACAUUUAAAAAAUAUUUUUGUGUGUGGAGAACAGCUGUAUUUCACUGUCUACCAGUUCUUUGCCUCUGUUGUAAAAUGCUUAGCCUAUGUGUGUGUGUGUGCACAUGCGUGUGUGUAUGUGUGUGCGUGUGUAUACACACAUAUAUAUAUUGCUUGAUCAUUCUCAUUAUCCUUCUAGAUAAACAGUCUAGGAUUUGUCUUAUCUCUUUUUUGGGGAUUAAAUUGCUCUUUUUGUUUCUUUUUGUUUCCCUUCCUGGAGAACAGUAUUGUGCUAGAAUUUUACUAUAUAAUACAUUGUUUCACCCAGAGGCUAAAAAACAGUAAAAUUCAUAAUCUCAUCCUGCACAACCAUGUGCUCAAAUGUCUAACUCAGCUUUCCAGUACUUUGAAGUAAAUUUGAGUGAUUUGUCUUUUUUGUUGUAAUCCUGUAGAUUGUCAUUAGACAAUAACAGAGUGAUUGAAAGGGAAAGAUGUGAAUGCUACUUCUAACUUUUUGAUAAAAACUUUUUGAACAUUUUUCAAAAUUUGUAUGUUUGUGGUAGUGAUAAACACCUUAUUACUCGUUUAUAUAUUUCGGGAAUUAUUUUAUGCACAUUUACCAACUGGUACUUAAAGUUGGAAUUUUCACAUCUACAAAGAUGACUUACAUCCUGUAUAAUUUUCAGUAUACUUUAAUAUCCAUCUUUUUGAACAAUUACCAACAUUUUGAGUUCCAAAAUGAAUAGUUUAGUUCUGGAGACAGGGACAGAACUUGACAUUAAAGCUCAUUGUUUUAAAUGUUAACUACAUACCCAACAUUUUUGUGGUACAUGAGACCUUAUGAAAUUUUUAUUGAAAAUAAAAUAUUCUAUGAUGACUUUUAAGGCUUGUUUUAAAAAUUAGUGUGAAUAUAUUUUCAUGCUUUUUUUUUUGCUUUUCACCUCAGUAAAGUUUCUUUAUCAACUUUCAACUACCAAGUUUUGAUUAAAUUCUAAUAUAAUUUUUCAUGGUGCUGUAUUUUAUGGAAUGUGGAUUGCCCUCAAGUUUCUUGACAUUUAUUUCUUAUCUAGCUUAUCCUUGGUUAAUUUCUUUUCUAUCAUUCCUCUCCUGCAUACUUUUAUUUUCACUUCUCUUUGUGCAACGAAGACUGCACCUAAUUUAACACACUUCAAGACUGGCAAUUUAUGAUUCAUUGAUGGGAGAAGUACAGCAGAAAAGCCCUGCAGUUUAGAGUUAAGGUGUAUUUGUUUAUAUGUAUGCCCAUUUGUUAUUCAUAUACUUGUCUUAAUUAAAUCUAGAAUAUGAGACUUUGACUUAUAAAAGCAUGAUAAGUAUUUUCUAAAAAUAAAACUAUUGAUACACAUUAAAAUUGCCAUUGGUAACUGAGUUUUAAAAAUCACAUACAAAAAUAUUUAGAAACCCAGUUGGGAAAUGUGUUUUUACAUAUGUCAUCAGAUACACAUUAGGCAGUACUAUAAAUGUUAAUUCUUUAAACAAUACUGUGGUGAUGGCAAUCAGUAAUUUAUUUCUUUGUCCUGUAACUUAUCAUCCUUGUCUUUUGUAACCCCUUACACAGUAUUAACAAAUCUGUACCUUAUGUUUGUUCUUAGUGUCCAUAUAUUUUAAGAUGGAAAUAUUCAGUUAAAAGUUGAUGUAAUGUUGUAUAUGGGCAAAAUGUCCAUUAAACUUAAAUUCAGUAAAGAAAGGUAAACUAAACUGGCUCGACUUAUAAAAGAUGUUUUGUUUGGCAGUUGUCAGUCCUUACAAGCAAUUAUCUUCAACAACAAAAAAAAUUGGACUAAUUUGUUGCCAUUCUUUAUGGGAUGUUUACAAUAAAAUUCCAAGUUGUUUGGAAUCGGUUGCACUCUUACUGCUUUAUGCUUUGAGUCAGAAAAUGGAGAUAAUUAACAAGAAGAAGGAAAGAUAGAGUUACCUUUCUGUUACCCAUCUUCAGAGAUUACACCAUGUAACUCUUGGGUCUUUGUUGUUUCUUUGUCAUAGAUUUUUUUUUUUAAAUAUUUGCUUAGUCUGAGAAAUUAGGGUGCUUCUAGCUAUCAAAGAAAACUAAGACUUUGUUGCCUUAGUCAUUGCAGAUACUUUUUGGGUCACUUUUAGGUAAUAAAUAUGGUGUUAACAUUUUAAGUGUGGGCUACUGGUGCAUUAAACAACAGCCUGCAAAGCAUCAGUCAACAUUUUGUUUUGUGGAGCUUUUUGAAAUGAAUAGAUUUCUAAUGACUUUAUUAUGGCUUGUGAGUUUUAACAGCUGAGCUAUGAACCUCUGGCAUUUUAAUUACAGUAAAUUUGCCCAACAGAGGCAAUUACAUAAAUGUUAUAAAUGGUGCUUUAAAUCAGUGUUAAGUGAAGGAGGGAAAGAAGUGAAGUGAAAGGUGACAAACUAGGAACUGAAAACCUUAAUGGGACUAUUCAUCCUAGUUGUGCAUCCAUAUGCCUACCCAGAAUUUUCUUCCCAGUGACAAGAACCCCACUCAAUUGAAGGUAAGUAAGCAGACCAAAGACUGGACUGUAUGUUUUUUUUAAAACCUAUAAUAUUUGUUUUGUGGAUUUAGAAUCAAGAAAUAGGGCAUUUGGAAAAAAAUGCCACCUCUAUCUUCUGUCAUUGUUUCUCCUGACUAUGAAAGUCGACCAAAUGUUCAUGAUAUUUGAAGGUUGAAGUGUAGAUGCACUAUUGGACAUUUGUGUUUAGUUGCUUAAUUGAAGAUAAUCCUUUUUAAAGGUAUGAAAGUGUUACAUUAAAAAUCCUUUAUUAGCAGGCUUUGGUGUUUUCUGACCACCUAUUUGAUAUUUUUAACUAGAAAAAAUUUUAAUUUUAAAAUAUUCUAGCAUUAUUCAAAAGAGGAUCCUUUUUUUGUUGUUGUUUCCUAGUUGAUGGGGGUCAAGAACAAAUUUACGCUGUAUUCUCUUUAUUAUAUGCCCCUGACAAUUUAAAGCUACUUCCCAAAAAUGCAUAUAAUAAGUUGAUUCUAGUAUAUUGAGGCUAUGAGUUGGUUUUCUUAGAAUUUUUAUGCCUAUGUACUUGUAGUUGUUAGACACUUCUUUCUUUAUAUACACUUGAAGGAUUUUUUAUGCUAUUGCUGGCAAACCAAAAUGAACAUUUUAGAGAAUUUUUUUUUAUAAUGUUAGUAUGUUUUCUUUGCCAACUGUGGCAAUUGCCUUAAUAGUUGCCUCUCAUCUGGAGAUUACAAGUAUGCAGUAGAUAAUUUUAACUAAGUUACUAUUA